UUGCUGGUCCGGUCUUGUGUCUCUAACUUCAACAAACACACACGCUCUCUCUCUCUCCUCUCUCUCACUAACCGACCAUUACUUCUCCCUUUCUCCUUCAUUUCGAUUCAAAAAUUUCACCCCAUUCCCUCUCACCUCCUUUACUCCAUUGUCCAUUGCCUUCCCGCCGGAGCUUCAACCAUGAUUGCCGUAAGAGUUCAUUCUUUUCGGAAUUUUGAUAAAAGUCCAAUGCGACCCAGUUCGUAGCAAGAGUGUGCGUGCAUUGUGCUGCGUUGUGUGUCUAUCCCCUCGCACAACAAAAACUGGAACAACAACGAGAUGUUAGUAUACGACGCCGCUUUUCUCGAUAAAGAGCUCUCCAAACGCACGUCAAUCUUUGGCCUCCCUCUCUGGGUCGUUGUCGGAAUCAUCGUUGGCGCCGUCAUCGUCCUCGCUCUCUUCCUCCUCUCCCUCUGCCUAACCUCUCGCCGCCAACGGCGCUGCCACAAUCCAAAAAAGAUUCACGAUCCUGAAGAUGCUGGAACCCCUGUUGUAUCGAAGGAAAUCCAGGAGAUCGUCCACCUACCUGGACCCAACCAGCACCACCCGACGCCGCCGCCGGAGAUCCAUGUUGACAUCGGAAAAUCACAGCACCGGGUUGUGGUGUUUUCCGAUCGGAUUUCUAGUGGAGAGAGCAGGGGUACGGCCAUGAGUGCUUCUGAAACGACGUCGUCUUUUGGUGGUGGGAGUGUUGGGCCAGAAGUCUCCCAUCUGGGGUGGGGGAGAUGGUACACUCUGAGAGAGGUCGAAGCUGCGACUAAUGGGCUGUGUGAAGAAAACGUGGUUGGUGAAGGAGGCUAUGGAAUAGUGUACAAAGGAGUACUUGAUGAUGGUACGCGAGUUGCAGUGAAAAACCUUCUAAAUAAUAAGGGCCAAGCUGAGAAAGAAUUUAAAGUGGAGGUCGAAGCUAUUGGUCGUGUGCGGCACAAGAAUCUUGUUAGGCUGCUCGGAUACUGUGUUGAGGGAGCAUACAGGAUGCUUGUGUAUGAAUAUGUUGGCAAUGGCAAUCUAGAACAAUGGCUUCAUGGGGAUGUUGGAUCUGUAAGCCCUCUGACAUGGGAUAUCCGAAUGAACAUCAUAUUGGGCACUGCAAAAGGAUUGGCCUAUCUUCAUGAGGGUCUCGAACCAAAGGUUGUUCACCGAGAUGUAAAGUCUAGCAACAUACUCCUAGAUCGCCAGUGGAACCCAAAAGUUUCAGAUUUUGGGCUUGCUAAGCUCUUGUGUUCUGAGCAUAGUUAUGUCACAACUCGAGUCAUGGGCACAUUUGGUUAUGUUGCACCAGAGUAUGCCUGCACUGGAAUGCUGACUGAGAAGAGUGAUAUUUAUAGCUUUGGAAUACUUAUCAUGGAGAUCAUUACUGGGAGAAGUCCUGUUGAUUAUGGUAGACCACAAGGAGAGGUUAAUUUAAUAGAUUGGUUAAAAGCCAUGGUUGGAAAUCGAAAAUCUGAGCAACUAGUUGAUCCUAAGCUCCCUGAGAUACCGUCUUCGAAAGCUCUCAAACGCGCACUGCUGGUUGCUCUUCGAUGUGUUGAUCCCGAUGCUACCAAGAGGCCUCAAAUGGGGCAUGUCAUCCACAUGCUUGAGGCAGAUGACCUAUUAUUCCCGGAUCCUCAGGAACGCCGGAUCAGGGGAGAGCCUUCGCAUUCCAAUCGCGAUCGUCAAGAGCAGAAGGAACUGAAUUUAGAUAAAAGAAGUAAUGGAGAAGGGAUCACUGGUCCAAGUGAAGCAGAUGAUAGUAGUAGAAGUCAUCAUCAGCCAACUAGGUGGAGAUAACGGUCUGACAGUUAGCUGUUUAUAAUUUAAAAUGGCAACAUGUUUUUAUCCUCUGAUAUGUAGUAGUUUGCCAAUUAUUAUUUGUACCCCAAUUUUACUCGCCCUUCUUGCUUCAAACCUCGACAUGGGAUUCACAUGUAUUAUACACACACUCUUAUUCAUUAUAUUAUAAGCAGAUGUUUAUUCUUGAUUGAAGAUCAACGAAA